UUCCUCCGUCUAGAGUGUUCCAUUCUAUAUUCCAACACCAUUUGCAAACUAUUUUAGUCCACAAAUUCAACCUCUUUCUCAUUCCUUUCUCUUCCAUUCUUCAGCUACCAAUUCUCUCUCACCCUCCCUUCGUUACCUUCCUCUCUCCCAAUCCCUUAUUUGCUUUGCUCUCUUUUUCCUUCGUCCAGGGCUUGUUCCGGAAUCAACGUUAAAAGUAAAUAAUGACUCGCGGUAACCAGAGGGACCGAGAUCGUGAAAGGGCUCAGGCAAGAGCUGGUGGGAAAACUAAGCAGCCUAAGAAUGAUGGGUUAACCCCUGAACAGAGAAGAGAAAGGGAUGCAAAAGCAUUACAGGAAAAAGCUGCAAAGAAAGCAGCUCAGGGUGCUGGAGGGAACAACGCAGGUGGUGGUGGAGGCAAAAAAUAGAAAUAAUGAGAAUGUUGAAAUGGAUGUGUUGCUACACAAGAAAGGACAAGAUACGAAAUGAUUAUAUACAAGGAGUUAUUGGUGUGAUGUUGAUUGAGGAGAAGAUGAAAGAAAUUUGGUUAAGGUAAUUUGAACCUACACAAAGAAUGCCACUAAGCACCAGUGAGAAAGGUAGAUUGCAUGAUAUUUGGUCUUAUGUUAAGUAAGGGAAAAGAGAGACCAAGAAAAACAUUCACGCAAGUUGUUAAGAGAGAUCUGAUGGUGGAUAAUAUUUCUAAAGUUUUGGUCUUUAACUGAGUUGAACAUCGAGUGAUCCAUGUAGCCAAUCUCACCUAGUAUGAUAAGACUUUUGUUGUUGUAAUAUAAUUUUUUGUUUGAUACUUAUAAUUUCACUGUAGUGGUCAUCUUACUAUUUGCUAUCUUGCAAUAGCAUUUUCAGGACUCACUAUUUAUGUGUCACUAUCCGAGAUUGUAUCUUCAUUUUCACAUCUUAUACAGAUAAACAAAAUGGCUAUUGUUAAUAAACUUGCCAUUUUAUUUUGUGUA